AUGGGUAACAGUCGAAGAUGGGAAGAUUUGGAAAUUCCUCUCAGUCAGUCCGUGAGAAAAACAAUUAAUUCUUUAGGUUUUGAUUUUAUGACUCCCGUUCAGGCUGCAACCAUUCCUCUUUUACAAAAUCACAAAGACGUUGCAGUGGAAGCUGUCACAGGUAGUGGUAAAACAUUAGCUUUUUUAAUACCAGCAAUAGAAAUAUUAAUAUCAAGACCUGAAAGGUGGAAAAUAAAUGAAGUUGGAGCUGUCAUUAUUUCUCCUACAAGAGAAUUAGCCAUACAAAUAUUUGAUGUCCUUCAAAAAUUUUUAGAGCAUUGUCAGUUAAAAGGUUUACUUUUAGUUGGUGGUGACACAGUUGAAAAUGAUGUUAAAAAUUACAAGGAAAAGGGUGGUAAUAUAAUUGUUGCUACUCCUGGUAGAUUUGAAGAUUUGCUUGUUAGACAAAAUUGUAAUUUGUUGGGUGGUGUCAAAUCUCUUGAAAUUUUAAUUUUGGAUGAGGCUGACAGAUUGCUUGAUUUAGGUUUUGAAAAAACCUUAAAUAAUAUCCUACUCUUGUUGCCAAAACAAAGAAGAACUGGUUUAUUUUCAGCGACUCAAACUAAAGAAGUUGAAAAAUUGGCAAGGGCAGGUUUAAGAAAUCCAGUAGUUGUAUGUGUUAAAGAAAAAGUAAAUACACAAAUAUCAACUCCAGUUUCUCUGUCUAAUUAUUAUUUAGUUUCUGAAGGAAAUACAAAAUUAGGGACAUUAAUCGGUUUUAUUAAUAACCAAGGAAAAGACAAAAAAUAUUUUUUUUUUUUUUCAACUUGUGCUUGUGUUGAGUGGUUCUAUAUUGUUCUUAAGGAAGUGUUUCAAGAUGUAAAUAUAUCAUCAUUACAUGGGAAAAUGGGUAAAAAGAGAUUAAAAGUUUUGGACAAAUUUAGAAGCCUGGAGUCUGGUUUACUUUUGUGCACCGAUGUAAUGGCCAGAGGAAUUGAUAUUCCGGAAGUCGAUUGGGUUAUUCAAUUUGAUCCUCCGACAAAACCAGCCUCAUUUGUGCACAGAGUAGGGAGGACUGCAAGAAAUGGAUUAACAGGUUCUUCAUUGUUGAUGCUUUUACCUUCAGAAGAUUUAUAUAUUGAUUUUAUAGAAAAAAAUCAGAAUGUUAAAUUAUUUAAAAAAAUUGUCGAUUGGAACAUUCCUGACGUUCUUAAAAUAAUGAGAAACCUUCAAUUGAAAGAUAGGAAUAAUUUUGAUAAGGCAAACAGAGCAUUUGUUUCUUUUAUACAGUCUUAUGCCAAACAUGAAUGCUCAUUAAUAUUUAGAAUAAAAGAUUUAGAAUUUGGAAAAUUAGCUACAGGAUUCGGUUUGUUAAAAAUGCCCAAAAUGCCUGAAGUGAAAAAUGUCGAAAUAGAAAAUUUUUCACCCAUGGAUAUAGACUUCAAUAGCAUAACUUACGACAAUAAAGUGAAAGAGGUAGAAAGGCAAAAAAAUUUACAAAUUUAUUUAGAAACAAAUAUUUGGCCGAGUAAAAAGGGUAAAAAACGUCACGGUAACACGAUUCCUUGGGAACAAAGCAAAAAGAAAAAACUUGAUAAAAAAUUAAAAAAAGACUAUUUAAAAAAGAAAGCAGAAGAAAAUGGUAAGAAGAAAAAAAAGAAAUUGAAAAUUGACGAAGAAGAAAUGGCGUCACUUGCAAAAGAUUUGGCACUGAUAAAAAAAAUGAAAAAGAAAAAAAUAUCAAAUGAUGUUUUUGAAAAAGAAUUUUGUAACGAUUUCAAUUGA